CGCGCUCCGAUUGGGCGGCGCGGCACGGAGGAGAUCCUAAGGCCUUCUGGGUGGGAUCUCGAAGAGGUCAGGAAGCAAGGACAUCUUUGAAGUUGCUGUUGCUGGCGCCCCCUCCUUAGGCCUUCGCCCAGCCUCAACAUGUGCAUAAGGAGGCUUUUACAGUCCCUCUCUCUCCAGUGGGCUUGGAGGGCAGCCUUUCUGAAACACUUCCAGUCCAGGCACCAGGGAACCCACCGCUGGACACAUUUUGGAGGCAGCACCUAUAGAGCUGUGAUUUUUGACAUGGGUGGAGUUCUCAUUCCUUCUCCAGGGAGAGUGGCUGCAGAAUGGGAGGUACAGAAUCAUAUCCCUUCUGGAACCAUAGUGAAGGCCUUGGUGGAAGGUGGUGAAAAUGGGCCUUGGAUGAGAUUUAUGAGAGGAGAGAUAAAAGUACAAGAUUUCUUACAAGAGUUUGGGAGACUUUGCUCUGAAAUGUCAAACACCUCUGUGCCUGUGGACUCAUUUUUCUCUCUGCUGACCAGUGAGCAAGUGGCAAAGCAGUUCCCAGUGAUGACUGAGGCCAUUGCUCAAAUUCGGGCAAAAGGCCUUCGGACUGCAGUCUUGAGCAAUAAUUUUUACUUUCCCGAUGGGAGAAGCUUUUUGCCCCUGGACCGGAAACAGUUUGAUGUGGUCGUGGAGUCCUGCCUGGAAGGUAUCUGUAAGCCAGACCCUAGGAUCUACCAGCUGUGCUUAGAGCGCUUGGGCCUGCAGCCCUCUGAGUCCAUCUUUCUUGAUGAUCUUGGACCAAAUCUAAAAGCAGCUGCCAGCCUUGGUAUUCACACCAUUAAGGUUCGUGACCCGGAGACUGCAGUAAAGGAAUUAGAAGCUCUUUUGGGUUUUACAUUGAGAGCGAGUAUUCCAAACACAUGUCCUGUGAGAAAGACAAUGGAAAUUCCAAAAAAGUCAUUGGAGAAAUACCUCAAAGACUUAGUGGGGAUCCAAACCACAGGCCUGUUGGAACUCCUACAGUUUGAUCACGGGCAGUCAAAUCCAACUUACUAUGUCAGACUGGCCAAUCACCAGCUGGUUCUGAGGAAGAAACCUCCAGGGACGCUCCUUCCAUCUGCCCACGCAGUGGAGAGGGAGUUCAGGAUUAUGAAAGCCCUUGCAAAGGCUGGAGUACCUGUCCCUAACGUCAUUGACCUCUGUGAAGAUUCAAGCAUCAUUGGUACCCCCUUCUAUUUGAUGGAGUACUGCCCAGGUGUCAUCUAUAAAGACCCUUCCCUGCCAGGCUUGGAGCCCAGCCAGAGGCGAGCCAUAUACACUGCCAUGAACAGAGUCCUGUGCAAAAUCCACAGUGUGGACCUCCAGGCUGCAGGCCUGGAAGACUACGGGAAGCAUGGGGACUAUAUUCCUCGCCAGGUGCAAACCUGGAUUAAGCAGUACCGAGCCUCGGAAACCAGCACCAUCCCGGCGAUGGAGAGGCUCAUCGAGUGGCUGCCGCUCCAUCUCCCCAGUCAGCAGAGGACCACGGUGGUGCACGGCGACUUCAGGCUCGACAACCUGCUGUUUCAUCCAGAAAAGCCAGAGGUCCUUGCUGUGCUUGACUGGGAACUUUCUACCUUAGGCGACCCCCUUGCCGAUGUGGCCUACAACUGCCUGGCUCACUACCUGCCAUCUAGUUGUCCCAUGCUGAGAGGUUUUAAUGACCGUGAUGUGACUCAGCUGGGAAUCCCUACUGCAGAGGAGUAUUUCAGGAUGUACUGUCUUCACAUGAGGAUCCCUCCCAUUGAGAACUGGAACUUCUAUAUGGCUUUCUCCUUUUUCCGCGUGGGUGCCAUCCUGCAGGGCGUCUACAAGCGAUCUCUCACAGGGCAGGCAAGCUCAGCAGCUGCUGAACAAACUGGAAAGCUGACUGAAUUUAUGUUUAACCUGGCAUGGGAUUUUGCAGUCAAAGAAGGGUUCCGGGUUUUCAAAGAGAUGCCAGUCACAAAACCAUUAACGAGGUCCUACCACAUGUGGGCGGGUCCACGGUCCCCGCUGAGCCCCACAGGCACGAGGAGUUACAGCUCUGUUCCAGAAGCUUCCCCAGCUCAUGCUUCCAAGGGAGCUCUGGUGAUCUCCCCGGAGGGCCUUUCCCCGCCGGUCAGAGAGCUGUAUGACCGGCUGAAGCACUUUAUGGAGCAGCAUGUGUACCCUGCGGAGCCAGAGCUGCAGGGUCACCAGGCCGCAGCGGACAGAUGGAGCCCCUCCCCACUGAUUGAAGAUCUCAAGGAGAAAGCCAAGGCCGAAGGACUUUGGAACCUUUUCGUACCCUUGGAGACUGAUCCCGAGAAGAAAUAUGGCGCAGGACUGACCAACGUGGAGUAUGCACAUCUGUGUGAGCUCAUGGGCACGUCUCUGUAUGCUCCUGAGAUAUUUAACUGCUCUGCCCCCGACACAGGGAACAUGGAGCUUCUGGUGCGGUAUGGCACCGAGGAGCAGAAGGCCCGCUGGCUGACCCCCUUGCUGGAGGGCAGGGCCCGCUCCUGCUUUGCUAUGACCGAGCCCCAGGUUGCCUCUUCAGAUGCCACCAACAUUGAGGCUUCCAUCAGAGAGGAGGAUUGCUUCUAUGUCAUAAACGGUCAUAAGUGGUGGAUCACAGGCGUCCUGGAUCCUCGCUGCCAACUCUGUGUGUUUAUGGGAAAAACAGACCCGCACGCCCCAAGACACCGGCAGCAGUCCGUGCUUCUGGUUCCCAUGGAUACCCCAGGGAUAAAAAUCAUCCGGCCUCUGACAGUGUAUGGGCUGGAGGACGCUCCAGGUGGCCAUGGUGAAAUCCGAUUUGAGCACGUGCGUGUGCCUAAGGAGAACAUGGUCCUGGGGCGAGGCCGAGGCUUUGAGAUCGCCCAGGGCAGACUGGGCCCCGGCAGGAUCCAUCACUGCAUGAGGUUGAUCGGGUUCUCAGAGAGGGCCCUGGCGCUCAUGAAGGCCCGAGUGAAGUCCCGCGUGGCCUUCGGGAAGCCCCUGGUGGAGCAGGGCACGGUGCUGGCAGACAUCGCGCAGUCGCGGGUGGAAAUCGAGCAGGCCCGGCUGCUGGUGCUGAAAGCUGCCCACCUCAUGGACGCGGCAGGAAACAAGGCUGCAGCUUUGGAAAUAGCCAUGAUUAAAAUGGUAGCUCCCUCCAUGGCCUGCCGCGUGAUUGAUCGCUCUAUCCAGGCCUUUGGAGCAGCAGGGCUGAGCAGCGACUACCCCCUGGCCCAGUUCUUCGCCUGGGCCCGAGCACUGCGCUUUGCCGAUGGCCCUGAUGAGGUGCACCAGGCGACAGUGGCCAAAAUGGAGCUGAAGAACCGCACUUAGACCUUGGGGACUGUGGAGGCCGGAUGUCCCUGCUGGGCCAGCCAUGCCCAGAACCACAACUGCCUUUGAGAGGUCUGCUGUGCGGGGUCCUUCACCCUGCCCAGCUGCUCUGUCCCAGGACAGUCGAGGUGCACUCGGCCUGUUCAGGUCUCCACAGAAGAUGUUUCUACGAGAAGCCUGGUGUUUGCGAUUCGGGCAAGGAGGAGGGCAUUGGCUGUGAGCCGCGCGGGUUUUGGGACAGAGCCUGAAAAGCUGGUCUUUGGGCUCUUGGUGGCGGCUGGGCAGCCUGAGCCGCCCUCUCUCUGGCUGUGAGAAUCUGGACACGUCAGGAGCCCUGCCGAGGCAGUGCGCCAUGCUUGCUGCAGAAGCUGUGGCCUCCCGUCCCUGGCAGGCAGGAGAGCAGCCACCAGUGCCAUGGCCUAAAGCCCCAGGGCUACAGUGCUCCUGGGAAAAUGGAAUGAAACCAAAAUUGUGAAGCCGCUGGCACCUAAUUUUCUUCAUUUGAUUGUCCAUGGCAGAGUACACUAGUUUAAAUGGUAUUUUGGAAACGGGCUGUGGGGACACAAAACUGUAAGAAAAUAUAUCUCAGAGACUCUGAGGACUUUCUGGAUCGUAUCAAAGGCAUUGAGCUUAGAGGUUCUGCCUCAGCUCCUCAGUCUCAGCACAUCUGUCACCUCCUCCUCCUCACACUUGUGUGUCCAGGAUGCUGGCCACUGCCUGGGCCCCUAACUUGGGGAGGGGGUGGUUGUGGAUGCCAUGAGUCCUGCCAGGUCCUGAAUCAGCCACCUUCUGUCCCUGCUUAGUUCCACACUCUCAUAUAAAUGCUCAUAUAAAUGUCCCCAGAGGAGCUGUGGCGAUGUGUGUGAGGCCCCUGCAGCCUCCACACUCCUCUUUCCGCUCUAUGCUGACAGGGCGUUUGGGGGCAGGGGGCGGAGGGCAGUACACUGGCGCCAUUGGGAGAGCAGUGUUCUCUGAGGAAAGCGGAAAUGCUCACUUACUCCCCUAGUAGUGGGUACCCAUGAGCCCAGGUGUCCUGGGCAGAUAAACUGGUGGCAGUUAGGACCCAGCCUGCUAAUCUCCUAACUUGUGGAGACAUGGCCAAAGGCCAUUUCAGGUCAGACCAGCCAAGCAGGGACCACCCUCUCCGGGGACUGCGUUCCCUGAGAGUGCCUUUGGGCUGCAGCAGGGCCCACCCCGCAGGAUACAGAGUCACAGAGGCUUGCCCCAAGCUUGCCUUCCUCCACCACACUGAGAAACUGCUUUUUGCUCAAGGAAGGUAAAGUUAAAAUCCAGUCCCAAACUAUUAGCUAUCACAAUGCCAGCCACACUGGCGAAGAACCUUUGGCCAACUCUGGCAGGAUUCUAGCAGCCUGAGUCCUUGCUUCUGCCUCGGGCCUCAGGAGAGAGGAGGUUAUUUUUUAAAAGAGGAAGUGGUUGUGGCCUGGCAUAUUACGAGGCUGUAAGAAUGUCCGUCGUGGCCUCUGAGGUAAACCUUGCUUGUUCAGUAGUGCAGCUGCAGAGAUGAAUGAAGGUGCUGUGCUGUGGGUGACCCGGGUCUUUCUCAGCUCCUCUGCCUCAAGGGGCCUGAGCCACUCAGAGCACCAGGAAUGCUGCCUGCAGAAGGGUGAGUCCCCACCCC